GCUGACUGGGGUUGCCGUCGCAGUCCCUGCGCGCGGAGUGUGAGUGACCUGAGCCGUGAGACCGGUCUCAGCAGAAUUCUCCGCCACCUGGCACUGGCACCCUUGGGAAGCGCACGUUCCCUUCGCACUGCUUCUUGAACCCACCAUGAGACGCCUGGGCUCCGUGCAGCGGAAAAUGCCGUGUGUGUUUGUGACGGAGGUGAAAGACGAGCCUUCCGCCAAAAGGGAGCAUCAGCCAUUUAAAGUUUUGGCAACUGAAACUAUAAGUCACAAGGCAUUAGAUGCAGACAUACACAGUGCAAUUCCAACAGAAAAAGUGGAUGGAACAUGUUGUUAUGUUACUACCUACAAAGAUCAGCCAUACCUUUGGGCUCGGCUAGAUAGAAAACCCAACAAACAAGCUGACAAAAGAUUCAAAAAUUUUCUGCGUUCCAAAGAAAACUCAAAAGAAUUUCUUUGGAAUGUUGAGGAAGAUUUCAAACCUGUUCCUGAGUGCUGGAUACCAGCAAAGGAAAUAGAACAACUGAAGGGGAAUCCAGUGCCUGAUGACAAUGGACACAUUCCUGGUUGGGUACCAGUAGAGAAAAGCAACAAACAGUAUUGCUGGCAUUCAUCUGUAGUUAAUUAUGAAUUUGAAAUGGCUCUGGUACUAAAGCAUCAUCCUGAUGAUCCUGGACUUUUGCAAAUUAGUGCAGUGCCAUUAUCAGAUCUCUUAGAACAAACAUUGGAACUCAUAGGAACAAAUAUCAAUGGAAACCCAUACGGUUUAGGAAACAAGAAACAUCCAAUACAUCUUCUCAUACCACAUGGAGCAUUUCAAAUAAGAAAUCUGCCUAAAUUGAAGCUCAAUGACCUGUUGUCCUGGUUUGAAGGCUGUAGAGAGGGUAAAAUUGAAGGAAUUGUAUGGCACUGUAGUGAUGGCUGCUUGAUUAAGAUACAUCGCCAUCAUCUUGGUUUGUCCUGGCCAAUUCCAGAUACUUACAUGAAUUCAAAACCUGUUGUUAUUAACAUGAACCUGAACAAAUAUGACUAUACCUUUGAUACUAAGUGUUUGUUUAAUCAUUUUUUAAAAAUAGAUAAUCAGAAAUUUGGUAGACUCAGAGACAUAAUACUUGAUGUAUAAAAUGGAACUUCAAUUAAAAUUAGUUUUACUGGGCUGGGGAUUUAGCUCAGUGGUUCGGUGGCCUGCCUUGCA